AUGACGGAUGGGCAAGGUGAGGGGGCUACGCAAUUCGCGAGCUCCCAAGGCUGGGAAGCAGCUACUGGAAAAAAUAAACAAAAAAAAAGCAUCGGCAGUGAAUCGCCAUCUAACAAAGCAAAGAAUAAUGAUGUAUCGAAUUAUGGAAAUACGGAAGUGGAGACUCUAACGGACGAAGACAGUUGGAAGGUCAUAGGGUCAUUCUUCAACACCCAUGGACUGGUACACCAACAAAUUGAAAGCUUCAACGAUUUUGUCACUUAUCGCAUGCAAGAAAUGAUCGACCAGCAUCCACCCAUUGAAAUCACGCCGCAGCCACAGUACCACCCAGAGGAUGAACGGGAAAAUAAUGUAAUAUAUAGACUCAAAUUUGGACAAUUGUCACUUAACAAACCUUGUGUAGAAGAAAAGGACGGUGUACUGAAACACAUAUGGCCACAGGAGGCAAGACUUAGGAACCUUACGUACGCAUCGCAAAUUUAUGUAGACAUUGAACAGGAAACAUACCUUAAAGAUGAAGUGACAAACGUUGAAACAUUGCAAGAAAAAAUCACAUAUCCCAGAAUAGGAUUAGGUAGAAUACCAAUGAUGCUCAAAGCAGCAUACUGCUGGACCAAAAGCAUCAGCGAAGAUGAUCUUGCCGGUGUAGGUGAAUGCCCAUUCGAUGAAGGUGGGUAUUUCAUUGUUAACGGGGGAGAAAGAGUUCUGAUCGGGCAAGAAAGGAUGGCUAAUAAUUACAUAUAUAUUUUCAAAAAGAAACAGCCCUCCAAAUACAGCCUAGUAGCCGAGGUCAGGUCACAGCCAGAAUUCUCGCAAGGAACCACGCCAUUCAGCAUCAUGAUGAAAUCAACGCUAGGAGUGGCAGGGAAUAGAUUUAAAUCACAUGGACAACUAGUUGGAUCACUUCCAUAUCUUAAAGCAGACAUACCCAUCGCAAUACUCUUCAGGGCACUCGGAUGCGUGGCAGACAGAGACAUCCUACAGAGAAUAGUAUAUGAUUUCGAAGAUAAACAGAUGCUCACACUCAUGAGACCGUCGCUAGAAGAGUGUGCGGAUUAUUCCACGCAAGAGAUGUGUUUGGACUUCAUAGGGAAGCGUGGACCUACUGUAGGAGCACCGCUGGAGGCAAGAAUGCAAUACGCAAGGGAUCUACUCAGGCAACACUUAUUACCACAUGUAGGAACGGAGGUCGGAUGUGAAAGCAGAAAAUGCUACUUCCUUGGAUAUAUGGUACACCGGAUACUGCUAUCUAGACUAGGUAGAGUGGUAGAGGAUGACAGAGACCAUUUCGGUAAAAAAAGACUCGACCUCGCAGGCUCCCUCAUGGCGUCAAGUUUCGGAACUCUUUUCAGAAAGAUGGUCAAAGAUACCAAACGAAUACUGCAACAUCAAAUAGACUGUGGUAGAGAGUUCGAUGUUGCAGGCGCAGUCAGAAGCGCAACGCAGAUCACACAGGGGCUACAGUACCAGCUGCUAACAGGAAACUGGGGAAGAGAUAGAGAGGGGAAGGUAGUUAGAACUGGAGUCAGUCAGGUGCUCAACAGACUUACGUUUGCGUCAUAUCUUUCCCAUCUUCGUAGGCUCAACACACCUCUGGGCAGAGAGGGCAAAGUGGCGAAACCAAGACAACUUCACAACACACAUUGGGGUAUGAUAUGCCCGGCCGAAACCCCUGAAGGGCAAGCGGUGGGACUAGUGAAAAACCUAGCUCUCAUGUGUUUUAUCAGUGUUGGUACUGCGGCCGCAACUAUUAACGAAUUCCUUUGUGAAUGGGGUAUGGAUUCGCUGGAUGAAGUGCCGCCAGAAGUCAUAAAAGAUAGAAUUAAAAUUUUCAUCAACGGGACAUGGGUUGGAUGCUUCGAUGAGGCAGAAAGCCUAGUCAAAACACUGCUCGAACUUAGGAGAAGAGGUGAUAUAGCAGCAGAAACCAGCAUUGUCUGUGAUAUAGUAUCCCAGGAAGUCAAAAUUUUCACGGAUGCCGGCAGAGCGAUGCGCCCAUUGCUUGUUGUGGAGAACGGAAAUACACUCGCCAUCACAAAGUCACAUAUAGAACGGCUGGACAGCAACGAUUGCGAUUGGGAUGGACUCAUAGAAUCGGGGGUCAUCGAGUAUAUUGAUUGUGAGGAAGAGGAAAUGUGUAUGAUAUCAAUGUUUCCUGAGGAUCUAAAAACCAACAGCACCUACUGUAACACCUACACACAUUGUGAAAUUCACCCAUCUAUGAUACUGGGGGUAUGUGCGUCGAUCAUACCCUUCCCUGACCAGAACCAGUCGCCCAGAAAUACAUAUCAAAGUGCCAUGGGAAAACAAGCCAUGGGGGUGUAUGCUACAAACUUCAACUUAAGAAUGGACGCGCUAAGCCACUUGUUGUACUACCCGCAAAAACCACUAGUAUGCACAAGGGCCAUGGAGUUCCUCAGGUUCAGGGAACUUCCAGCAGGAAUCAAUGCUAUUGUAGCCAUCAUGUGCUACACUGGGUAUAACCAGGAGGAUAGUUUAAUCAUGAAUCAGUCUUCAAUUGACCGAGGACUGUUCAGGAGUGCCUUCAACAGGACGUACGUGAGUGAAGAGAAACACAUUGGUAGUUCUGUAAUAGAACGAUUCGAGCGGCCAAAUCCAGCAAAUUGUGUCGGGCUAAAGAGGGGAGAUUACACCAAACUCGACGCAGAUGGGUUGGUGGAACCUGGGAGUCGGGUGCUGGGUGACGACGUCAUCAUAGGUAGGACUUCACCAUGCAACGAUGAUGACGGUGAAAAUCUAAGACAAGAUUGCUCAUGUUGCCUAAGGACUAGUGAAAAUGGUGUAGUAGAUACUGUCUUGCUCUCGUCUAACUCGAAGGGAUCCAAGUUUGCAAAGGUGAAGGUCAGGUCUAUCAGGGUCCCUCAAAUCGGAGAUAAAUUUGCUAGUAGACACGGGCAGAAAGGAACUAUUGGAAUGACAUAUAGAGCGGAAGAUUUGCCAUUUACGUGUGAGGGUGUCGUUCCCGAUAUCAUCAUGAAUCCACACGCCGUACCCAGCCGAAUGACAAUAGGCCAUCUGGUGGAAUGUCUCGUUGGCAAAGUUGGUGCAUGCUGUGGUAUGGAGGGAGACGCCACACCUUUUUCAAAGCUGACCGUACAGCACGUAGCAGAACGCCUGUUCGAAUGCGGGUAUGGCAAACACGGAAAUGAAGCACUCCAUUGUGGAUUCACUGGGGAAAUGAUUGUCAGCAGGAUUUUCAUGGGUCCCACAUAUUACCAGCGACUUAAACACAUGGUAGAAGAUAAAAUACACGCCAGAGCUAGAGGACCGGUAACUAUGCUCACCAGACAGCCCACCGAAGGUAGGUCCAGAGACGGGGGUCUCAGGUUCGGAGAAAUGGAGCGCGAUUGUAUGAUAUCGCACGGAGCCGCUAAGAUGCUGAAAGAACGCCUUUUUGACCAAAGCGAUGCGUUCAGGAUGCAUGUUUGCGACAGGUGUGGGCUGUGCUGCAUCGCCGAUCUAAACAGGAGGAACUUUGAGUGCACCGCCUGUGACAAUAAGACGAAUAUAUCGCAGGUCACCAUUCCGUAUGCCUGUAAGCUGCUCAUUCAGGAGCUGAUGGCAAUGGCCAUAUACCCCAAGCUCCUACUAACACCGGCAUAG